UAUUUAUAUUGGAAUCGAUAAAAUAAAAUCAUCAAUAUCUGAAACACACCAAAAAAAAAAAAAAAACAAAUCGUCGUUAUUGUAUAUUUUGUGUGUAUAAUAUAACAGUUACGUAAAAAGGGGAUGUAGUGCAGACAUACGGUAAACUUGCUGCCUACCUGUAAGGCUGUAUAACAUAAUAUUAUGCUCAAGAGUGGUUUUUUGAGAGGGAGUAUUGAAGAAAAACAACCGACGGCGGGAGGACCAGACAGCAAGACCAAGACGUGAUCACUGAUCAACCGACAACCGACAUACCAUGUUCUGACGUUGCCGUGAAACAACCGUUGCUCUUUUCGAAAUACUUAAAGAUUCUUACGUCUUUUAUUAUAUUCAAUAUACCAACACAUUUACUACCUACCUGCCAAACGUCGUGCUAUAGAAUUAUAAUCUGAAUAUUUAAACAUGGACGAAAUGAAACAACUAGCAAUUACAUUAAUGCAGUGUAAAUCAUUCAAAGAGCGACAAGAACGUUUGAGUGAAGCACUAGAUCAUCUGUCUUUCAACCAUCCUGAUCUCUACACUGUGUGGUUUAGAGAGAUGAAAAAAAGAGAACUGGAGUCUAACGACCCAAAUAAAAUUACUAAGUGGUUAAAUAAUCCAUCAUCUAAAUCAUUUGUAAAACUUCAUGAAGCAUUGUUAUUGGUUAAGAAUAACAACAUAAUGGCCAUCGAGGAGUAUAUAAAAAAUUUAAAGUGUAUGCUAAAUCAAACAAUUGAAAACGGUACCAACAUUGAUGUAGCAGUGAAAAUAUGCCAUUUAAUUGAGAAAUCAACAAAAUUAACCAUCGUUCACGAGAAUUUGAAACAUCUAAUUCACCAAGUAAAUCAACUGAACAAAAGAAGUCAACGUCACAUGCCGACAGAAAACAUUUGGACAAAUCAUUUUAAAUCCCCACAAGUAGACCCUUUCCAACAAUUCAAUACUCAGCCUGCUCAACACAUGAAUACCCCUGUUUGGCCAAACGUACUGCAACCGACAAAUUUAAAAUCUGUCUCUGGUCUACCACACUUUAGCAUGGAAUGUUUUGGCUACAACCAUCUGGAGAUGAUUGCAAAGACAAACAGAGCCGCUAUUUUGGGAGACUCGCAAUCACUAGUCGACCUGACAAUCAUUAAUCAAGAAAUGGAUGGAGCGGUUGCUAAGUGGCUUCACUACUUAAAAUUACAUAAAUACCAAUGGUUCUUCAAUAGCCUCAGUUAUCUUGAAAUUGAAUUCAUUGACGAGGACAAUAUUGAUGAUUUCAUUGCUAAAGUGAACAAAAAUUCCAUUACAAAAGGUGCACAAAGAAAGAUCUGCAUAUCAACAAAGACGUUGAGAGAUCGGCCACAAAAGUUGAACGACUUAUUAUUGGCUUUGGAUUUGGAAGUUACACCAAAUGAACUGUGUGAGUUCAUGUCGUACAUGCGAGACAUAUUGCAUUAUCCCAUACCGAACAAGAAUUGUGUUGUCGGCGACCAAUUACAACAAGACAUAGUCCUUGUCAUGGAGAAAUUGUUAAAUCAACUGCUAGAAAAACUUGGUAUGGUCCGUUCAUUAAUAGCCCAGAGUCUACUUGGAAUGUCUAUCAAUAAAUACUUGGAGUGCAUCUUAUUAAUAAUUGGUAAUCAAACUUUCAUGAAACAGCAAAUUGACAAAUCAUUGUUGUUUGCUGAAACCUUAAAAUAUAAAGUCCAAAGAAUGCCUAGAAACUUUAAUUAAUGUUUUCAUUGUAAUUCUGCAGUUGGAAUUUCAUAUUACAUAUGCAUUAUUUUUUAAAAAUUUAUUAUUGUUAAUAGUGACUGAUACCUAUUUGAUUUAUUUUGAUGUAAUUGUUUUAUUUAUCUAGAAUUUAUAUAAUUGUUUAAGACCUUAACUUUUUAUAUUUAUAUAUAUAUAUAUAAUAUAUAUGGAUCCAUUUUA